AGUUUAGUAAUAGAACCCAUUCAAACACCUUUUCCUUCCCUUCUUUAAAGAUAAAUUAUAAGUCUUGUGAAAAGCUUACGGAAGCAGUGCGUGUAGGUUGUGUCCUCAGCUUAAUACGUAGUGUAGUAUGGUCAAAAAUGGGAGAACUUGCGGUUGUUUUUGUACCAAAAACAAGAACAAAAGCAACGACUAUCUUUUGGGAUAUCUCACCUUACGGUGUAGCUAAUGUUAGCAUCCGACGCAAGAGUUGCUGAUUCAUUCUUGUAAUGGAUUGACACGAGGAGUUUAAGGACUGCUACCUUGUCAUGGACAAGGUGCCUUUCCACAAUUGUGGCAGGGACACCUACAAUAGUUUCCCAACUAUGAACGGAAAAUCUGUCGCGUCUGAAUUCGAAGAAGAGGAUAAGAUACCAUCGGACUUUACCAUUGACCACCAUCCCCACAGAACUUGCGCAUACGCUCUCACCUUUGUUGAUUCAGACCAAGAACAACAACCAAGUAGUGAAGUUGACGAGGAUGAUAUGAAAUGGGUAAUUGGUGAUACAUGCAUAUCAAGCUUAUGUUUUGAACUCAAGACCUCAACCACCCAAAUAAUCAGGCACCUGGAUCCUGCUCAAGUUUCUGACAUCCGGAUUUUAAUUUUAAACGACAUCUUCAUUUUUGAUAAAAAUCCAGCACAUUCAGUCUCCCAGUAUUUCAAUAAUGAUGUACACAAAAUUAUCAAGCCUACAUUAUUAUUUGAUACCGCCGAUCUCACGAGAGGUAUGAAUUGCUACAACUGGUGCCAAGAAAUUGAGACAUGCCCCCCCCCCCCGAUGACUGGUCUUCGGCCCUAUCCUUAUGCGCCCAAUUGCUCACCACUGCAUGCAAAUCUGGGAAUAUUCUCGAUAUGCAUACUGCCCAGGUACUGACCCAGAUAUUGCCGAUCUUCAUAAAUGGACCACCGGAUGACGAAAUUGAGGACAGUUAUGUCCACAAUUAUUUGUCGCCUUUGCUAUCAUCUGUAUUCGCGUCAGAUCCCAGAUAAAAAUUGAAAUGGGCAAAUGGCCAGCUUGAGCGAGAUUCUAACGAUGGAUACAAGCCUGAUUUC